AUGUCCUCUCCAACCAAGAUCCAUCUCCAGCUGCGCGAGCUGCGGUAUCUGUACGACGCGCUGCAGACGGCCGUGGCGGCCAAGGUGGACACGCACCUGGCGCAGAUCCGCGACAAGGGCGACCCUGCGCUCGCGAAGUCGGUGCGCAGGCUCGUGGCCCAGUUUGUCGACGGGAUCUUCGACGAUAUACAGCACUCGCUCGAGAUCGACGACGUGGCCGCGUCGCAGUUGGCCACCAAUACGAUAUCCAGCAUGCUGGCCAACCCUGCGCUGCUCAACGAGAAAAUAGAGCCGUACGACUUUGCGCUCAAUGACAGGUUGCGCGACCUGUACACGCGCGUCGAGGAGAAGGUGGAGUCGCUCUCCAACUUGAGGCGCACGCAGCCCGCCAACAUCCGGGACGAGUACGAGGCGCUGGUGCGCGAAAACGAGGCUGUUGUCGACGCGGUUGUCGCAGAGUCGGCGCAGAACCGUGCUGCCGCGUCGGACGUGGCAGCAGCCGUGCCCGACAUGGACGACCUGCGCCACGACUUCAAGUGCAUUCUAAGCGACCUCGCCGACCUUAAGCACGACGUGCCUGAGACCAGGCACGGCGUCGACAACCUUGCAAACCUGUUCCAACAGAUAUCCGACCAGGGCCGUCGGCUCUUUGCCGCCACUGAGCGUGCCCCCGCGCUCUCGACUGGGCUGUGUGUGUUUCUGGUGCUCGUGUACCUCUAUUCGGUCGCCAAUCCGGCCAUUCUGGACAAGUGGUCGCUGACGCCGUGGACCCUCUACAACCUCGAGCUGAGCCGGCUGACGACGUACCCGCUCGUGCACGCAAACUUCGUCCAUCUUCUGUUCAACCUGGUGUCGCUGUACGGGCCCCUGUGCCAGUUUGAGGUGCAAAAUGGCACCGUGCACACAGCCAUCGUGCUCAACUUCCUGGCCACUUGCGUGGCCGUCCCUUACUGUCUGUGUGGGAUGCUUUUCUUUCCCACCACGAGCGUGCUGGGAGCUUCUGGCUGGGGCUUCUCGAUGCUCAGCUACUACUACUAUCUGCAGGCCCAGACAGCAGAAAACACCAGGAUCUACACCGUGGACGUGCCUACAACGAUGAUCCCGUUCAUCCUGGUGCUUGUGGUGGGUAUUCUGGUGCCGAGCUCGAGUUUCAUCGGUCAUUUGUUUGCCAUUUUGGCCGGAUACGCGCUCGGAUACGGGUAUCUCAAACACUUCACGAACCCGCCGUUCCGGAUCGUUGAACGCGUCGAAUCGGCGUUGGCAGGCGUGAUUGGCCGCCUGCCGCCCCAGAUCCACUACAUCCGCGAGCAGGACGUCAGCAGCGACCGGUACGUGUUACCCUCGCACGGGGGCCAAGUUCUGGGCACUAAUAGAGGCUGAAAGAAUUAACGGUAGAUAGAUGUAUCAGUAGUACAUUUUGUGAACACUCAUUUCCCACGCAGGAUCUUGGCGAACUCCUCGAUGUCGAUCUGGCCAUCGGAGUCGGUAUCGGCGGCCUGAAGCAUCUGUCUGGCCUCCUCCUCAGUGAGCCUCUCGCCGAUGGUCGUUAGCACGCGGACCAGCUCCGUCUGGGAGAUCUUGCCGUCACCGUCACUGUCAAACACCUUGAAAGCCUCCAGGAUCUCGGCCUCCACGUCCUGCUCCUUGAUCUGUCUUGCCAUCAUGGUGAGAAACUCGGAAAACUCGAUCAGCGAGUUGCCGUUCGUGUCAAUCUCGUUCACCAGGUCGUUCAGUUCCUGCUGCGUUGGGUUCUGGCCCAGCGCCCUCAUCACUGUGCCUAGCUCUGAUGCGGAAAUCUUGCCGUCGCCAUCCUUGUCGAAAAUGCUGAACGCUUCUUUAAACUCGUCGAUCUGUUCUGGGGUCAACUUCUCGCUC